UAUGCUGUUAGCAGGAUCUCAUCAGCCAUUGGACUUGAGAUCUGAUGUAGACAGCUGGAUCAUCAGACAUUCUGGACCAUAUGAAGACAUGAUAACUUCGAUGGACCAGUCUCUUCAACAAACGCAGCCAAAAAUACCAGGCUAUAACACGGAAUCGGGACCUACGUCGACAUCAUCAGGCUUUUUCUCAGAAGAUUCUCUUGAUGAGGUCCCGUCCCCGUCCUUCCGAUCACAUUCGUCGGAAAGAAACGAUCAGCAUCCCACCGAUAAUCUUCUCGACGACAGCUCUUUAAUUCAACUUUCUGUCAGAGAACUCAACCGACGAUUACAUGGUUAUCCACGCGAUGUCAUUCAGAGAAUAAAGCAGAAACGUAGGACAUUGAAGAAUCGAGGUUACGCACAAAACUGUAGAACCAAAAGAAUUGCCCUUAAAUGUGAGCUGGAAAAAACCAAUCGUUUUCUAAAAGCAGAGUUAGAAAAAGCAUUGCAACAAUCAGAAGCUGAAAGGCAUGAAAAGGAAAGAGCCUACCAAGAAAGAGACUAUUACAAACAGCAACUCUCGCUAUCAAGAGCAAGAAGUUGCUCAGCAUCUUUAUCGAGUCUUUCAUCCAGUAAUAGAAGUAGCCCUGGUGCCCAAGAUUUCUACUUAUGACUUUCAGCUCGAGAUCCCAAGGAUCUGGCCACUCUCACAGGUAAGAUGACAUUCAAAGGUACUUUCCCUGUUUCUUUUUGCAUUAUUGUUAAUGUAUAUUUGAAGCUUAUGGCUGCAAAAGUAGGUACAGUAUAACCCCGAUUUAUCAAUUGUCAAGAGAAAGGAAAAAAUUAUCGUUAACUCAAAGCUAUCGUUAAAUCAAGAAGAAUAGACAUUCAAUGCACUCAAACCGGGACCAGUUAAACCGGGUAUCGUUAAAUCGAAGUUAUACUACACUCAAAAAAGAAAAAAAAAUGAGGAAAAAUUC